GCUUGUGUGGAUACCGAGGAAGGCCUGAAAGAAUGGGAACUGCUUGGAGAUAUGCUUGGGCUCGACUCUGAGGAAAAGACCCGCGGCCGUGGUGUCAGCUUCUCUUUCAAAAGCCUUGCUGGACGUCCUGAUCUUCAAGAAAGAUGUGUCUGUGCUAUCCUCCUCUACAUCAAUGCCCACGAACAAGCCUGCAGCGAAGUGCAGAAAUGGUUCGGCGCGGAUAUGACGGCGGAUUCUCCAGAAGAAAUUGAGUUGCAGAAAGAGAACGACGGCUUCCUCAAGGAAGCCAGGGCAACCCUGGCCGGGUUUCCCCAAGA